UCGGGGCGGGAGGGGGAGGAGCCACGUGGGGAGGAGCAAAAUCCGGAGGCCCUGGGAACCAUGGGCAGAGUCAGACCGGCGGGAGCCGGGGCCCGGGCGCGCUGCCCUGGGAGCGUGCGUCGUCUGGGCCGAGCACAGCAGCAGCAGUUCCAACCCGCGCCGGCGCGUGCCUUCCGUGCUCACCAGGGGAGAAGGACCAGUGCUGACCCGGCGAGGGUCCCGGACUCCUUUUCUCUCCCAGAGCUUCCGGGCUGCACGCUGUCCCGCCACCCCAGCCGGGCCCGCCCCGACCCGGCACCUGCGUCCCGAUUGCGCCAUGGAUCCUUCGGAGAAAAAGAUUUCAGUGUGGAUCUGCCAGGAGGAGAAGCUAGUAUCUGGCCUCUCCCGCCGCACAACUUGCUCGGACGUGGUGCGGGUACUGUUAGAAGACGGCUGCCAGCGGCGCAGGAGGCAGCGGCGGGGCCGGCGGCGGGGGGCGACCUGUAACUCGCCAGGCCCAGGGGAGCUGCCAGAAGCCCUAGACGAGGACGACGAGGAUGGGGACGAGGUGCUGCCCCAGGGCAUGCUUUGCGGGACCCCACAGUGCUACUGCAUCGUGGAGAAAUGGCGGGGCUUUGAGCGCAUCCUGCCCAACAAGACGCGAAUAUUGCGCCUCUGGGCGGCUUGGGGCGACGAGCAAGAGAAUGUACGCUUCGUGCUGGUGCGCAGCGAGGCGUCGCUGCCCAACGCAGGUCCCCGCAGCGCUGAGGCGCGCGUCGUGCUCAGUCGCGAGCGCCCCUGCUCGGCCCGGGGGGUCCCGGCUAGGCCCAGCCUGGCUCUGACCCAGGAGAAGCAGCGGCGGGUGGUGCGUAAGGCUUUCCGCAAACUGGCCAAGCUCAACCGUAGGCGCCAGCAGCAGCCGUCCUCGCCGUGUUCAUCCACCUCAUCGUCCACCGCCUCGUCGUGCUCGUCGUCGCCGCGGGCCACCGAGAGCGCGUCUGUGGAGCGCAUGGAGACGCUGGUGCAUUUGGUGCUCUCCCAGGACCACACCAUCCGUCAGCAGGUGCAGCGGCUCCGGGAGCUGGACCGUGAGAUUGAUCGCUACGAGGCCAAGGUGCACCUGGAUCGCAUGCGGCGGCACGGAGUCAACUACGUGCAGGACACUUACUUGGUGGGUGCAGGCAUCGAGCUCGACGGGCCCAUCCCGGGAGAAGAGCCGGAGGCGGCGGCGGCAGCGCCCCUGAAUGGCGAGGCGCAGGCGGCCGCGCUGGAGGAGCUGGCCCGGCGAUGCGACGACCUGCUGCGGCUGCAGGAGCAGCGGGCCCAGCAGGAGGAGUUGCUCGAGCGCCUCUCAGCCGAGGUUCAGGAGGAGCUGAACCAGAGGUGGAUGCGGAGGCGCCAGGAGGAGCUCACGGCGCUGGAGGGACCCCCGGAGGCUGAUGGCGGCCCCGACGGCGAGCUGCUGCUGGAGCAGGAGCGGGUCAGGACGCAGCUCAGCACGAGCCUCUACAUUGGGCUCCGGCUCAACACGGACCUGGAGGCCGUCAAGUCGGACUUGGAUUACAGCCAGCAGCAGUGGGACAGCAAGGAGCGCGAGCUUCAGGGCCUUCUCCAGACUUUGCACACAUUGGAGCUGACCAUAGCGCCGGAUGGGACUCCGGGAUCCAGCGCACCGUCGCGGGAGCCCCGGGCUCAGGCCUGCGCCGAGGUGUGGGUGGACCAGGCCCGCGGACUGGCCAAGAGCUGCCCUGGCAACGACGAGGACUCGGACACCGGGCUGAGUUCUAUGCACAGCCAGGACUCGGACUCGGUGCCCGUGUGCGAAUCCCUUGUGUAAGAGGAGCUGGACGGGAGUGGGAGACCAACGCUUCUCCAGUCCUUGCAGAAGGCACUGGCUUGGCCGGCUCAGCGACUUGAAACAAGGCUGGGGAUGGUUUCUCGGAGCUCCUGACCCGCAGCAGCUCUCCAGCUGGACCGGCGGAGGGCUGGGGAUGCCUGCCCGGCAGCGGGGCCCCUCUGGCUCUGGAAUGAGUGUGGAGCAGGGUGCGGGAUGAGGAAGCCGGGUCUCCAACCCAAGCUCUUUUAGGGGAAGGAGGAGGGAAGAGGUGAGAACCCCUUAUAUUGGAAAACAAACGCCCCUGGGAAAUUGACGUGGUCCAAGCCCAUUUUCAAAACAAGAAAAAAGUAUUAUGGAGAUUUCACCAAUCUUCUGCAUGGGAAGGACUGAUGGCAGCUAGAACUCCAGUUUGUGGCAUAAAGUGCUUUUAAAAGAAACACUUGGAUGAAAAGGACAUUCCUUGAAUGUUAAUUGUGACUGUGAACGUGUUAAAACUAGCCAAAGAGGACGCCCUGGUGUUGGUCUCAGCCUUACAUCUAUCUUUGAUAAAGCCCAUAGGCACCAAAAUCCUGGCGGUUUACAUUUCUGCAGAUUUGGGAAUUACCCAUCUGCUAAGCUGCUGGCCUUAUGUUUUCUUUCAAAGGAUGAACUAAAGUCUAACCCUGUAUUUCCUCCUAGCAAAUACAGUGUUAUGUUAAAAUGGGAUCCUUUGUCUAAAAUAGCCUUUCAUUAUUACAAAAGCCAAACAUAACUUUUGAUAUAUAGAAUCCUGGCAGACAUGUCCCUGGUUAAAAUUUCUAGCCCUUUGGGAUUUUCUUCUGCAAAGGUCUGUGUGUUGUCCUGUCAUUCAUAUUGGCACUUUACUCCAUCACUGCUACUUCAGAAAAACAGAAAAGUUGCAGAAUUCAAGUUAAGUACAACUAAAUUUGCUAUUUAAUGAGCACUGUGGUUGAAGCAAAGACUUCAAAGCAAAGAUCUUUGUUAGUGUUCAGCUUUUGAACUAAGCUAUAUGAUUAAAACCAACCAUGACCUUGACAAAUUUUAUCUUGACAGUCUAACUUCAGUAUCUUUGGUCAGAGAUUAAUUAGUUACUUGUCCAAACUUAAACUGAGGUAGUGUGAUUAUCAGGGCUUACUAGAUAAAGCCUGAAAAGAAAGUAUAAAACAAUCUAAUAGUUGACCUCGGGUGAACAAAUUGAUUAACAACAGCACGUAGCCAUAGAUAAAAGCAUAUAAAAGCAAGCUAAAGACUUGACUUGAAUUACUCUUGUUUGGCAUAUGUCUUUGCACACCCCAGGAGAUACAAGUAACAAUACCUCUCUUAAUAGCUGGUGGCAGAGUCCUGGUGGGGACUCAGUGUAAUUAAUUUUUCCAGUUAUUUUAAUGAAAACUUACCAAUUGUAGCUAGUCAUUGCCCCUGUGGAAGGAGCCUGUUGGCCAUGUUCCCUCUGGAGCUCAGUACUUCUGAGGAAUGUGGGAUCUAAUCUGUCCUGGGGAAGUAUUAACAAUGGGGUAUGUGUAAACUGCCAGCCUGGUGCAGAGCUUGGUAUCAACAUAACCAUGGAGGGGCUGGCUCUAGUUAAACACUACAUGUAAAGAUAACUUAAGAGGUCCUGCUUUAUAGAGAAGUUUCUUCUCCUGGAGGGAUUCUGUUUGCUUGUUGCUAAUGGAGACCUGCCCACCUGACCUCCUCCAACCAUUUGAGCUAUCACCUUUUUAGAGACAGUCUUCCCCCCACUCCCCACUGCCAUGCUUUUAUAAUCCAUGUGGAUUUUUUCAUAUUUUCGAGUAAAAUGGGAAUUGAAAGGCUGUUUUCUUAACUGAUAUUUCCAAAAGCUAUUAACUGGCAUAAUUAUAGUUUUUUGUUUCAUCUGAUGCAGAAAACAUCUAAGCAUUUGGUCUUGAGCAUGAUUAAAAUGAGGAAGGAACCAAAAGAAACCCACUGUCCCUAGACAAUCAUUUGAUCCAAUAAACACAAACCUAUUGAUAGUUUUCCUUUUGAGGCAGAGGUAAAAUCCUUGUUACAGUGUGACAAAUGCUGCUGUCUGAAUGGUUUAUGCUGGCAAUGGGCUGACCUGGUGGUUUUAAAAUUGUUGUGCUUUUUCCCCCCAGGGUGGUAGGGGAGGUGGUUCUUGGACGUUUAUUAACUCAAAAGAGAACACAGAAGUUGGCAGAACAGGACUGCCUGGCUGAAAGGGGCUGUUUUUCUUUUCACUAUUAUUAUUUUAAACUUUGACAGGCUGCUGAUGUCAGCAAAUAGGCCUGAAGCCUGUAAAGCAAAUAAACCACUUCACAGGGAGAAGGUGCGUUGGGUUUUCUGGUGCCCUUUUUCCAGAACCUUCCGGCCCUGGCCAUCUGAAGCUGCUUCUCCAGUCAACUCUUCAGGCAGUGAGGAGACUUUGUUUUUAACAAAGGGUGGCCUAGUCUGCCCAUUUUUUCUUUCAUCCAAAUCAGUUAAAUCCCCCAAACCCACACUCAGUGUGGGUAGGAGAAAGAACAGGGGGAAAAAAAGAAAGGAGACAAUAGUUCUUUUUAUUAAGAGCUUUUUCCAAGUCUGACAAAGGUGAAAUAUGGUUAUAAAAAGCACCAAAAUAGUGCCUGUGCCUAGAAAGUGCCUAAUAAAUGCUUUAUAUUUAAAACA